CUCGGCUCUGCUGCCCCCUGGCGGAGCUGCGCCGGCGGGACGUCCUCCUGACCGGAUGUUGAUAGUAGCUCGCGCAGCUCAGACAGGAACAGCUGGAGAAGAACAACAAAGACUCGACGACGACACAAACUGCAGAUGUUCGUCUGACACGCGCCUCGUUCGUCCGUGACACCGACGCUGCCGGAGACAUUUUGCGCCGCUGACUCCGACCUGACCGUUGUAGUUCAGUCAUUUCCCAGAGAUCUGACAAUGGGGCGUAUCUUCUUGGACCACAUUGGCGGAACACGCCUCUUCUCCUGUGCCAACUGUGACACCAUCCUGACUAAUCGCUCUGAGCUCAUCUCGACGCGUUUCACAGGAGCCACAGGCAGAGCCUUCCUCUUCAAUAAGGUGGUGAACCUGCAGUACAGCGAGGUCCAGGACAGGGUGAUGCUCACUGGCCGGCACAUGGUGAGGGAUGUCAGCUGCAAGAACUGCAACAGCAAGCUGGGCUGGAUCUACGAGUUUGCGACCGAGGACAGUCAGAGGUACAAGGAGGGACGCGUCAUCCUGGAGCGGGCGCUGGUUCGGGAGAGCGAGGGCUUUGAGGAGCACGUCCCCUCAGACAACUCAUGAGCCUCUAAAGUUGGAUCAACUUGAAGGCUCACUCCUGUGCACUGCUUCCCCUCUCCUCCACCCCUCUGUGCUGCAUGGCGCCACCUGCAGACUUAGUGCUCAGUGAAGUGAUGGCUGACAACUCCUCCUUCCCCUCCACCCCCUCCCUGUCUCUAGCCUAAGACCCUAGACCUCUGCUGAUUAGAAAAUUGGCUUUGCUGGAUCUGUUCUUGCUGAAUAGGCUUCUCCCAAUAAAUACUCCCUGAUAAAUGUGUCACAGGGUACACCCACCACCCCACACCCCUCCAGAACAGCAGGAGUUGUUGUAACUUCACUCGUUUACCUCUUCAUGCACGGUCACACAGUCUCAUCAUCGCUGCACACAGCAUGCUUCACACUUUGUUGGUAAAAUAGUUGAAUACAUGCACGAUAAUAGACAUCGUCAGUCACUGAAAAACAUCCACUGGUUGUUUUGUUUACUUAGAUAACUGGAGGCGUGUUCAUCAUUCUCACACGGGCAAAGCAACCAGCCCGGUUCUACACUGCAACGUUAACCAAACCACAUUUCUUUAUUGGGGCUUGUCCUUCUGUGUCGUGAACUUGGUCUCUCUGUAUCCGUCAUUGGUGAGCCCCGCACACAGUGAAGAGUUAGUUGUAUUUUCAGUUACCUAUUUUAUUAGCCUGUAUUGUACUGAAUGUAAAAGUGUUUCAAAUUUCUGUUCUCAUCCAAACGAUACAGCACAGAUUGAUGUCAUGUUUAAGUAUUCGUUGUAGUGUUUGAUGAUGAUGAUGAUGAUGAUGAUGAUGAUGGGCAGGUUUCGCAUGAUGAAUCAUUGUUUCGAUUGACGUGAUAUUUUUGGGGAUGGACACAAAGUGGCUUUAAAAUGUCCCUGUUCUUGCAGUUCCUGGUGUGGAAGUGAGCCCCCGCUGCACGAUAGAAAAUCAUAGAAUUAAUCCUGUACAGAGUUCAACCAAUCGGCAUCUGUUACUAUGGAUUCUGUCCCAUGUGAAGUGUGUCUCUAGGGUGUCAGCGCAGGAAUGUGUCUGAGGCGUGAUGAGAUGUUGUCUGGCCUCCUGCUGGGUUACGGACAGGAUUAUGAGAGGAUGGGUCACACAAGCGUUUUGAAACGAGCUGGGUGAGGAGCUAAUGAGGCCUCAGGAGUAACACAAUAGAGGUUUAACAAAGAGCCUAUUCUGUAACACAACGCAGUUUUUUAAAUGACAACAAACCUAAAACCUCCUUUAUCAUCCUGAAUUUAGGGCACAUUUGGUUCCAUGACAACUUGUUCCUUACAAUGUAGAGCUUUAAUGGAGUAAGUCUUUAAAAUCAAACCUGUGCCCCUAUUUUACACCUUCCAUGCCCUGUGAAGAUUUCAAAAUGUCACACUGAGGGAAAAAAAAGAUCUCAGUUUUCCUGACAUUUGAGAUUAUUUUUGGAACCGUGUUCGCAGCGCUCCAUCAUGACCCUGGUAUAACAUUGUGCCAUUUGAGAUGUGGUGAAUGCCUGCAGGCGUUACCAGAAUGGAACAGCCUUCACAAGUGAUGCUGUUAAUGCUUCGCUUCGCCUUUGCAAGGUCAUGUGAGAGGGUGCACGUGUCAUUUCUACACAAAAACACAGAGAGGAAGCUGACACCAUCCGUAUCAGCAAGUCAUAAGUGCAGUGUACAGUCAAUGGCCAUGACAGAAUCUAGUUAUCAUUCAUCCACUUUUAGCAAUUGAUUUUAUUUGAUUUACUCUUUGUUAUUAUUUUAUUGACUGAUGCAUUUAUCUUAUUGUAUAUUUUUCCUGAUUGGAGGUUAAAGGAAAUUGUUUUCUUGUAUUGCUACAGCAGGAUUUUCUCUGGUGUGAUUUCUAAAUAAAGAUGCAGUCUUGCUGGGUUCAAUUCA